AUGGAGUACCAACAAUUGAUAAUAUGUUUCUUCUUCUAUUCACUUUUUAUAACUAUUUUCCAGCAAUCUCAUCUUACAUAUGCAGGGCAACAUCUCUGUGCCCUCAAUGAAGCUUUUUAUUUGCUUGAAUUUAAGCAAAGCCUCACAGGUGAUCAAACUGUUCUUCAUUAUGGCUGUGAUAGCAAUGCAUAUUCCAAGACUCAGUCCUGGAAUGUUGUUACACAAGAUUGUUGCCAAUGGGAUGGUGUUACUUGCAAUGGAUUUACGGCACCAUUUGAGUUACCAAAGAAUUUUCCGUCUUCUCUUAGGUACUUAAGUCUUCGAGGCACUAGCAUGUUUGGGAACAUAACUGAGUCUCAGAUUUUUCAUCUACCAAACUUGCAAGUGCUGAGAUUGGGACAGAAUCCUUUAUUGACGGGAAUUUUGUCGAAUUUUUCUUGGAGCUUCAGUGGAAGUAUAUUAGAGAUGGAUUUUUCGUAUACUGGUAUUUUUGGGAAGUUACCCGAUUGUGUUGGCAACCUCACUGCAAUUAGAGUGUUGAAACUUUCACGAAACAACUUAACUGAAUCCUUUGGUAAUCUCAGUAGCAUUACAAGUUUGGAUCUUUCAAAGAACAACUUCACUGGAAAUGUUCCCUCAACUAUCGGAAAGUUGGACAAACUUCACUCUUUAUCUCUCUCUUCCAAUGAUUUCGAAGGCUCGAUUCCAGACAUAUUCUCUAACUUUUCAGAGCUUUCUCUCUUAGCUUUUGAUACUAACAACUUCACUGGUCCAUUCCCCUAUUCGAUUUCAACCUUGACAUGCCUUGAAAGUUUAGAGUUGCAAAACAAUUCACUAACUGGUCCACUUCCUUCGAAUAUAACCGGACUUCAAGAGCUACAAUUACUUGAUUUGUCAUUCAAUUAUUUCACUGAAGCAACACCCCCUUGGUUAUUCCAAUUUUCAUCUUUUCUCUGUUUAUAUCUUCAAGACAAUCGAUUUACUGGAAAAUUGCCAAAUGAGCUCAAUAGAAGUUCCUCGGGAUACUUCAGAAUUGAUCUUUCGUACAACAAUUUGUAUGGAGAAAUCCCUGAUUGGAUGUUAUCCAUGAGCAUUACUCGUCUCGAUCUCUCUCCUCACAGGCUUUGA